AUAGAUGUCAAUGUCACCAUCACCGAUCGGCUGUUCUCAUCUCGGGUUCUCAUAAAUAUUUGUUUUCAUUUCUAAAAUUUUAACGUUCAAUAAAAUAUAUUAAAUAUUUAUAAAACACUUACUGUAUAUUAUUGUACAUACUUUCGUUUUGAGAAGGAAAAUAGAAAUUGAAUGAUCACUUCCGGCUUCGAUGCUUAAACUUUUGAUUUAAUAACCAAUAAAACAGCAAAAAUUAAUAAUGCAUAGAAAUUAUUUAUUGAUUGCAAGAUUCAGAAGCAACAUAAAGACCCUUUAUUCUGUACGAAAUGUUGCUACUCAUAAUGAUUCAAAACACAAGGGAAAGUAUGAUGUUAUAAUAGCUGGUGGAGGAAUGGUCGGGUGUACCUUGGCUUGUGCUAUGAGUAAAUCACCAAUCCUCUCAAAGUUAAAAGUAUUAUUAUUGGAAGGCAGUCCAAAUAAAAAGUUUGUAUUGAAACCUGAGUACAGCAAUAGAGUAGUGGCACUUAAUCAAAGUACUAAAACACUGAUGAGUACAUUAAAUGUUUGGGAGCAUGUGGAGGAAAUGAGACUUCAACCAGUGCGGCAUAUGCAAGUAUGGGACGCCAGCUCUGAUGCCCUGAUAACAUUCAGCAGUACCGACAUUCUCGAUGACGAUGUUGCAUACAUUGUAGAGAAUGAUGUGCUGUUACAUGCUAUUAACACAGAAUUGAAUAAGUCCGCUACAAAUGUAGAUACAGUGUACCAAGCGAAAAUAGAUGGUUAUGAACUGACGAGUACAGAAAGAAAUGACACUGCUGUAAUUAUGAAUAAUGGAGACAUUUACACCUGUGAUUUGUUGAUUGGUGCCGAUGGCGCAAACUCAGCAGUCCGCAAAGCUAUGGGAGUGCAAUAUGUGUCAUGGAAGUACGACCACAUGGGAGUAGUAGCAACACUUGAAUUGUCAGAGGAAUCAGAAAACACGACAGCGUGGCAACGUUUCCUGCCAACCGGACCCGUUGCAUUACUGCCUUUGGACUCGAGACGAAGCUCCCUCGUUUGGUCCACGUCACCGGAACACGCUAAGGAACUGCUGCAGUUGCCAGAAGAAAGCUUUGUCGACGCUCUUAAUGAUGCUUUGUGGAAGCAAUAUCCACGCAGCAAAAGCGUAGAAGCGUGCACCAGCUGGGUGGGAUCGUUCCUCAAGCGAGUGGGACUACCAGAUGGCACUGAGAGACAAUUACCACCAAGUGUUCGUUCCAUCACGAAGGAUUCGAGGGCCGCUUUCCCACUCGCUUUCGGGCACAGCACAAGAUAUGUGGCGCCUGGAGUUGCUCUUAUUGGAGACGCCGCGCAUCGCGUCCAUCCAUUAGCUGGUCAAGGCGUGAACCUAGGUUUUGGUGAUGUUAAGGAUCUUACACAUUUGCUGGCUGACGCAUUAUAUACUGGAUUAGAUAUAACGCACGAGAACUGGCUGCAGCAGUACGAGAGUUGCCGCCAACGCCACAACGUGCCCACCCAGCUGGCGGUGGACGCGCUGUACCGGCUGUACGCGCACCACCUCGCGCCGCUCGUGCUCGCCCGCAGCCUGGGCCUGCAGAUCACUAACGCGCUACACCCCGUCAAGAGGCUCAUUAUGUCGCAUGCAACAACAUAAAAUGGAUCUCCAAAUCUCCUAUGGACCUGUACAUAAAGUAUCUUAUUUAAAUAUUGUUUUGUUAAUUACACAUAGUCAUUAAAUAUAUUAAGUUUGAA